UAGCACCUUAUCCAACAAAAAACAUGAAUCCGUUGAGGGCUGUUGUGGGAGUAAUCUCCAUUCUCCUGGUUGUAGGCGUAUGCAUUGGACUUUUAGCAGGCGUAAACAAUGGCGGUUUUGAUGAAGAAGCUGAUGAAGACGACGAGAAAGCACUUUCUACAACUUCCAAGACAGUCGCUGCAAUCUGUAAGCAAACAGAUUACAAGCAUCGUUGUGUUGUCAGCAUUUGCUCCACCGCUCGCAACAAAAGCGCCACCCCUUUAGAUUUCGUCAAAGCCGCCAUAAACAACACCAUCCACCAUGUCACAUUGGCCAAGAAUAAUACAGCAAAUAUAAUAGGAAAAGACGUCAAAAAUUCCACCCAAAAGAUGGCUUUGGACGACUGCGACGAUUUGUUGCAAUAUGCCAUUGACGAGCUUCAAGCCUCCUUGUCGGCCGUAGAUAACAGCAGCGUAGACACUAUUCAAGACGGCCAGGCUGAGCUUAAAAACUGGUUAAGUGCUGUCAUGUCAUACCACCACACGUGCCUUGAAGGCUUUGCCAACACUCCCCUUUUCAAGCCAAUGGUACAGACCCUUAUCAAUUCCACUCACCUAACCAGCAAUGCCUUAGCCAUUGUUUCUGGUAUUUCAGAUAUCCUAAGCGCUUUCGGCGUCCCGCAGAACGUUAAUGCAAAUCAAACUUCUCGACGACUCAUGAAUAGCGGCUAUGCCUCUCCAACAUGGAUGUCAAUUGGAGACAGGAAACUGUUGGCUAGUCGAAACAACGCCAACGUCGAGCCGAAUGCCAUUGUUGCACAGGAUGGCAGCGGCCGGUAUAAAACUAUCAGAGCUGCCCUUGCCGCCUACCCAAAGAACCUUACAGAAAGAUAUGUCAUUUACGUAAAAGCUGGGGUUUAUAAUGAAAAUGUAACAAUUGCCAAGGAUAAAGUAAACGUCUUUAUGUACGGAGAUGGGCCGCGGAGGACGAUAGUUACAGGGAAUAAGAGCUACAAAAAUGGAAUACCCACCAUAAGAACUGCCUCCUUCUCGGCCAUAGGAGACGGGUUUAUGGCCAAGUCAAUGGGAUUUCAAAACACAGCCGGUGCAAUAGGGCACCAGGCGGUGGCUCUUCGUGUCCAGUCGGAUAGAGCAGCCUUGUAUAACUGCAGAAUGGAUGGGUAUCGAAACACAUUGUAUCAACAAACCCAUCGCCAGUUCUACCGCAACUGUAUGAUUUCAGGAACUAUUGAUAUCAUCUUUGGUGACGCAGCUGCCGUCGUCCAAAACUCUUUGAUCGUUGUUAGGAAACCCGACCCCGGUCAGAAAAACACAAUCACGGCUCAUGAACGAGCUGACAAACAUGAAUCCACAGGUCUGGUUAUCCAGAACUGUCGAAUCGUUCCGGACCAGAAGUUGUUUCCAGUGUCAUCACAGUUCCCAUCAUAUUUGGGGAGACCUCGGAAGCCGUACUCUAGAACUGUAAUAAUGGAAUCCCAAAUUGGGGGAUUUAUCGAACCAGCAGGGUGGCUAGAAUGGAUUUGUAAAUUAUACCUGAAUACUUUGUAUUUUGCUGAGUACAGCAACAGAGGCGAAGGUGCCAACACUAGUGCCAGAGUAGAAUGGGAAGGUUACCAUGUUUUAACAGAGAUAAAACAGGCUCGUCGGUUCAGAGCUGCUCGAUUUAUCCAAGCAAACCAGUGGCUUCGUACUACUGGUUUCCCUUGCUUGCUUGGUUUAAAAAACGAUUGAAAUCUGGUUGUAAGCUUUGCUUCCAUGUUUGUUCCCCACUGUCUGAAACAAGUUGAGGUAGACAAAAAGCAUAAUUUUCCCGUCCA